UUCCUGUGAAAAACUUUGUUGCUGAAGGUCUGCACAAUGACACAAAUUGGAGUGAAAAAGAAAUUUACCCUGUUUUACUUCCCCACAUCAUUUUCAUCUCAAAAGGUUCUUCUUGCAUUCUAUGAAAAAGAGGUUCCAUUCAAACCAAAGCUGGUGAGUCUGUUUUCUGGACAACACAAUGCUCCUUGGUAUGUAAAAUUAAAUCCAGAAGGUGUCCAUGUACCAGUUUUACAAGAUGAGGAUAACAUCAUUACAGAACCAGAAAAGAUAAUAAAGUAUAUUGAUACAGCCUAUCCAGCCGAAGGUCCACUGUUAGUUCCUGGUGGAGAAUCUGAAUUAGGAAAAAAAGUAGCAUCACUUCAGAGAAAAUUAGACAGCAUUCAAAUGGAUAUAAUUACGUAUGGUAUAAUAUAUCAUCCACAUUUGUCAGAAUCUGGUUGUCAGAUCCCUGGAGCUACACAGAGGAGUAUGAGAGAAAAUUUUGCAAAGAGAUUAAGAGUUUUAACCCAUUUAGCUGCUAAACACCCAGCUUUGCGAGAUGCCUACCUCACUAAAAGUCAGACAGCUGCACAGAAGUUUGAUAUAAUCACGGAUGCAGUUCAGGUUCAACAACAUUUAGAAGACCUUAUAGUAAUAAUGGGAGAAGUAGAAACACAACUGAAAACAAUAAAAGAAUCAAAUAAUACCUUUGAAGAUGACCUGUGGCUUUUUGGUCCCAUGUAUACAGCUGCAGACAUAAGCCUUACAGUUUUACUUAUCAGAUUUACAUUACUUGGGAUGGAUACACUUUACUUUCCUAGUAAAACAUGUCCUUACACUCACAAUUAUUUUAAGCAAGUUCAAAAACGAUCAUCUUAUGUUAAAUUACAGAAAGAAAUUUCUAAUCUACGUUUGACCUUGUUAUGGGAGAAUUUUAAAAUGGCAUCACCUUACAUUGGCAGUUUAGCCAGUGCAUGUGUUAUAGGUGGUGUUAUAUAUUGGCUGUAUAAUAAAUAUAAAUGAUUAUAGAUUUUAAUUAAGUGUUGUAACCAAAGAUCAAGGUCACCAAAUGUUGUCAUUAUUUAUUCAUUAUAAUGAGGCAAUUCUGUUCAAUAACAGGACACACACAGUCUGAGAGACAUAUUCAAUAGAAGUAAAAUUCAAUAUUUCUAUGUUUGUUUGGAAAGUUUCAUAUAUGGAUGAUCUGAUGUACAUUUAAAAGAUUUUCCAAAUAAAUAGCAAGAAACUCUUUAAUCAUGUAUAGAGAAAAAAAGAAAAUUCCACAAAACUUAUAAUUGAUAUAGCAUAUUUAGAGGUAAAUAGUACAGUUCAUCUUAGUGACAGGGAAGACAGAAGUAGGGUAAACAAGGGUCCUAGUGUAAAACUAAUUUUGGUCGAGAGAAGAGGUGAAGGCAUGGUGAAGUAGGAGUAAAGGAGGAGGGGAUUGGAGUAAGAGCAUGGUGAGUUAGAAUUAAAGGGGGAUGGGAUUGUAGUAAGAGCAUUGUGAAGUAGGAUUAAAGGGGGAGGGAAUUAGAGUAAGAGCAUGAUUUUAAGUAGGAGUAAGAAGGAAGUGGAUUGGAGUAAGGGCAUGGUGAAGUAUAAUUAAAGGGGAGGUGAUUGGAGUAAAUACAUGGUGAAGUAGGAGUAGGGUUUGGAGUAAGGGGAUGGUGAAAUAGGAGUUAAGGGGGAGGGGAUAGGAGUUAGGGCAUGGUGAAGUUGAUUAAAGGAGGGUAAUAGUGAAGUAGAGGUAGCAACUACCAUACAUCCCUGCUUGCGUCUCAAAUAUACUUGUAAGAUGAUUAAAGUAUAUUCUUGUAAAGGUAUUAGUUGCCCAAUUGACAUGAUUUAGAUUCCAUGUAAUUCAUAAAGGCUAAAUGUUAACAAUUAUUGCUGAUGAAUAUUUGAUGUGUUUAUAUUUGACAAAUUUUUCAACACCUUCAAAAUUAAAAUGUUAAUUGAUAGAUUUAAGUGUAAACUAGAUUUAUCAAAAUUAUUAUCAGACUCGUAUCUGAUGAUCCCAUCAACAUGUUUUUCUCUAUGAAUACUAGUAUGGAUUCAUUGUUAUUAAUGGGGUAACAGUUUUCAUGGAUUUCAUAGGUAAAAGUUAUCUAGGAAUUUGAGAGUUUAACCAAAUACAACUUUUCUAUAGGCUUUGUCCUGAAUUUUUUUAAAACACAAAAUCAAGUAACCAUGAAAUUACAAUUUUUUUAUAACCCAUGAAAAUUGAUACCCAAGAAAAUGAAUGAAUCCACAGUAUGUGGUAACAGUUACAAGAAUCUCCUUUCAAAGUGUCACUUGAUAACUUCUCACUUAUCAAGUAGCUGUGACUGAAAAAUGAAAAUUUGACAUAAAAUUCCUUAUUAAGUCCUGUGAAAGAUCAGGGACUACAGUCACAACACUUAACUCAGUACUGGGAGUAUAAGAUUUGUGCUAGAAACACCAAAUCCAGUAUUUAGAUUGGAUGAAUUCUGAGUCUGAGUAUGAAAAUCAUACUCCAAAUUUUUAUGAGCGCAAAGCCGGAUAUAUGUAGUUGCCAAUGACAUCUUUAAAGCUUUAAAAUUUUGAAAAUGAUACUGUUAUGAUCUUUUUUUCCCCUUUUGAAUCUUGCACAUAGAGAUUAAUUAACCUUGUCAUCUGGUAAAAGUUUAGACAUUUUUACCAAGAGUGAAAAAACAUGAAGCUUUCAUAGAAAAAAAAAAUGCCAAAUUCAGAGAUAUAUAAAAAAAAUUAUGUACUUUUUGUAUCUUGAUCUUUGGUGUAAAACUUUAGUCAGGUUGUGCAAAGUAUUUAUUCUAAUUUAUUCCUUAUUAUGUGUUGUAGUAUUACAUGCAGGUCAUGCCAUCCAUUGUAAGAUGAGUUAAUGAUUUGAGUUGAGCACUCCUUACAAAAAAAACUUUUGUUUUGAUUGAGAACAUGAGAAGGCAUGUAAUUUUUCUCAUGUGUGAUUAUUGAUUAUUAGCUUAGAUGAUGUCACUUUGUAUUGCAUUUGGCUUUAAGAGUCCAAAAAAUCCACUGCCAUCAUGAAAUUUUUUAGAUUUUUAGAAUAAAAAUUUUUUCUCAG